AUGGCGACAGCCUCUAACGUCACCGCACCGGCUCCGGGAAACUUGAAUUUCAAAGCCACUUUCAGCGAGGCCAUCACAUCCUUCACAAUCUCGGUAGAUCCGGAGUUCAUCGAAUUCACAAAACUCAAGGCCUCCUUGACAAGGCUGGUCGAUGCGGAUUUGUCGGAUCAAGAUGCCUUUGCGGACGGCCCACCACGACACGAUGUGGAGACUAUUCGAGACUUCUGGGCAAACAAGUAUGACUGGCACAAGAUCGAGGCAGAGCUAAAUCAAAAGUUCAAGCAAUACACGACCGUGGUGCAAACCGGGCCUGACACGAAUUAUACUGAUCCUAUCCCAUUGCACUUUGUGCAUCAUAGGUCUGACCGCCCCGAUGCAAUUCCUCUCCUUUUUAUCCAUGGUUGGCCGGGCUCGUUCCUGGAAGUCGAGAAUAUAAUCGAACCGCUUGUUCACCCGCCAGAUGAUUCACUACCGGCAUUUCACGUCGUCGCUCCCUCAAUUCCUGGAUUCGGCUUCUCACCAUCCCCACGCAAACCUGGUUUUGGAUAUCGCCAAUCGGGCCACGCUUUCCACGAGUUGAUGCAGAAGCUAGGUUACGAGAAGUACGUGAUUCAGGGAGGUGACGCCGGUGACUUCAUUCUCAGAUACCAGGCGCAUGAUUAUCCGGAGAGUGUGGUCUCGGUCCUCUCCAAUUUUUGGAUUAUUCCCCCUAACGAGGACGACCGGGAGAGAGAUCGCAACAAUCAGACGAGUGACGAUGAAAAUUUCAUCAUUGAGCUUCAUGAUGCGUUCACAACGCAGCACUGGGCAUAUGGCCAAAUCCAUCAACAAAAACCACUGAAGUUGGCCAUCGGCAUGACCGACUCGCCAGUCGGAUUGGCCAUGUGGAUCUAUGACGCUGUUGUAGGGGUCGUGGUGGACAAAAGUAUCUGGACUCCCGAGCGGUUAAUCACUUGGACCAUGAUGCAUUGGAUUCCUGGACCUUAUGCCGCAUUCAGUUUGUACAAGAAUGGUGCUAAAGAUGGCGCAAUCAACAUACAUGGAUUCGGAAAGAUCCCUUAUGUCACUCAACCAGUGGCAAUUUCCGAGUUCCCGAAGGAUAUCUGGUACAGAACGCCUCUCGACUGGGCACAAAGAGGUGGAAAUGUUCAAUGUCGCACCGUCCAUGAGACAGGAGGGCACUUCCCAAGUUUGGACACGCCAGAAUUAUUACUCAAGGAUAUGUGGAAAUUCUUUGGGGAUGAGAAGAUGUCUCGAACGGAGAUAUUUAAAUCGGAGCGGGCGGGGAUAGUCGGGGACGAGUCAUGUGCCGACGAGCUCUUUGACGUCCCUGCACAUAUUCAAAAUGAUACGGAGUAG